AUGCCGUAUCUAAAUGGCCGAAGAGUGGCGUCAGUUGAAAGGUUUACCGAACUAUCAUUUGCCUCUUCCGAUCAACAAACGACAAUACCAAGGUUGGUUCAUUACUAUUCUUUUAAAAAUUUAGAAAAGUAAAACGUAUUAAGUCAGAAUAAAAUUGUUAAAUCCUGUUUUUAUUGUCAACUUUUUUAGCCGUCUAAAAUUUUUUCUCCUUUUCAAGGGAUAAAUUUUUUUUAGUGAACUUUCAACAGCAAUCGACGUCCACCGAAUGUCGGCGGCGCCGUCAUCCUCUGAAAUUCAACCUCAAAGACCAGAAGGAUUCCAAACUGCGCCAACCCGGUCAAUAAUUAAAAAUCCCAAUCGUUAUCAGAAUACCCCACAUUCUGUGACACAACAAAAUAAUGCAGGAUAUCCGAGACAACAACCGAAUCAGCCCAACUUUCCUCAAGCAAACCAAGCCAAUUUUAAUCAGCCAAAAUUUAAUCAAUAUGGCCAGAAUCAACAGUAUCUACAAAACGAUCAAGUAUACCGGUCGACAAUAGCUACACCGUCCCAAAGUCAGGCAUUAAUUCCUCAUCAAAAUCACAAAAAUGCAGAAAGAUUGGCCGAUGUGUAUUCAAAUUCUGAUGAUACUGUUCAAUUCGCAGGAAAUCUGAGGUCUUUUAUCAACAAACACAUUCCUUGGAUGGUAUGGAUUGGACUAGGGAUAGUCGAGAUCCUUGCUGGGUUAAUUUCCAUCUUUAUUGGAACUUACAACUACUCCAUGUGUGAAGUCCAGCCUCUGAUACCGCUCUACCUUAUUUUGUCUGGGUCUGCACUGAUUUUACACGGCAUCGUUCGAACAGCCAAAAGCAUACCUAAACCGACUAACCAGAGGACUCAACGACUACGUAAAACUUCGCUAUACCCGGACUUGUUAAUGCAUGGCUUGGAAGCGAUUGUACUUUUAUACAUGCUAAUAUGCGUUAUACUUGGCAAGUAUUUUUUAAAUCUUAAUAUAAUAUGAAGUAAAAAAGUUUAUAAAAUUUUAAAAACAUUUUAUAUACGAACUAAAGACUUACAUCUCGUUUGACUUUCCAGGAUGUGUAUGGGUAUAUGGCAACCGUUCUCGUUACGUCCAGUUCAUAGUGAUCAUGUUUGAACAAGACUAUUGUGACCAAACGUUGUUUUGGACGGCUUGGUGGUCAGUAACACUUCAUCUAGUUGUAUUCGGACUCUUAAUUUUGGGAAUUAUUUUCAUUCUAUGUUAUGGAUCUAUAAUCAAGUCGUAAUUAACAAAACAAAGUGCCAUGGUUGUAAUUAUUCACUAAUAAACUUUUUUUGAAAUCGUAAAAUAUAUUUUUUUCAAAACUUUGGCCAAUUUUUCCUAGGUGAUUUGUGAGAGUGCGACGGCGGCGCAGUUCGUAACAGCGAGGGCGCAGGUGAAUGACCGUAAUGAAUUUCCUUUUUUUCAAAAUUGUUCCGAACGUGGCAUCAUUUUGUGGGAAAACGUCUUGUCAAUUCAAAGUUUGAACAAUAUCAGCUGAAAGUAUGGAUCAAUACGUUAACCAGGCAAAGAUACGUCGUAUUGUUAACAGAGAAUGGCCAGAACCAUCCGCUAGUAGUGAUCCUCCGAGUAAGUUAUCUUUGUUUUUUAGUUUUUUUUUCAAUUUAGGACAGUCUAAAAAAUGCCUGUUUUUUGACGUUUUAGAAUAUUUCUGAAUUUAUAAUGUAUCAAAGCUUGUUUACUAUAUAAAAAGACAGGUUUUAUAAAUAUCAGUUUUAGUGUAGAAUAAUAAAGGCAAACAGAUUUUAUCCUUUUUGAGAGAGUUUCUUUUCUAUCGUUUUUUGAAUAUAAAUACUUUAAUUUUGUUAGUUAGAAUUUUUAUAAAAUAAACAUUUUUAGACUUGAAAAUAUACAUAAUAAUACAGCUUCUUUGAUAUUUUAGGUCCUCCGGCUUGUGGUGAUGGCGCCCCGGAUUCAGGGAUUGAUAGUGCCAGAUCGCCUGCUCUAAUUAGACCAGUUAUGAGGACAAAGCAUGUAUUUGAAACAACUUCAGCUCACGAUGCUAGAUUUGACGCAGCAAAUUUGUUUUUUGAAACAGUCACAAAAAAGUAUGUUUAAAAAGUGUUGAAAUAUUUUUUAGAGGUAUACCUACUUGGAUGGCUUACAUUAUGGCGUUUGACUUUGUAAAAAAGUACGAAGGACAAUUGAACUUGGGGAAAGUCGAAUGGCAAAAGAGUGUGUAUGAGCGUGUUACUAACAAAUUUACUGAUAAUGUCAUUCGUCGUACUAACGAUUACAUGCAUGGAGUUCGGGCUAAUGAAAACUUGAUUCCAGGUAAAAAUUAAAUUUGGUUUUAUGUUUUAUUAUUUAGAAUAUCCUAGAGCGUUAGCUAAUUUUGAAUAUUCGCUUUCGUCUUCAAUUGGGUCUAGAAGAAGUAUGGAAGACAGGUUUGUGGCUUUACCUACAUUCGCACUUGUUGAACCCGAAAGGACCAAAGUCAGUUUUUUUUAUUUUGAAUACAAUUAUAUAUUCCUGAGUAGCCUAAACGUAUUUACUUUUUUUUCUGUUAAAAUUAUUUUAGAAAAUGUAAAAAAAAAUAAUUUAACAAUUUUCAGGGACGCAAAAAAAGACUCUUUAUUUGCCGUGUUCGAUGGUCACAACGGACCAUUUUCUGCGAUGUACGCUGCCGCUCAUUUGGUUGAAUCUUUCCUUGAUGAAGACGACGAUCCACUUGCUACAAUGGAUUACGCGCUCCGUUCUUACUACCGAACUAAUUCACGGCUUCGACAGCGUUCUAUGAAUGAAAAUGUCAAAAGUGGUACAACAGCGGCAAUCACUUUUAUUCGGAACAAUGUUAUUCACAUGUUGUGGGUUGGCGAUUCACCAAUUAUGAUGUUGAACAAGGAUGGGGUGUCUACUCAUUCGUUUAAGCAUGUUCCGGACUCUGAGGACGAGUAUAAACGCAUCACGGAAGCUGAAGGAUUCGUUUCGAACGGACGUGUUAACAACGUUUUGAACAUAUCGAGAGCAAUGGGUGAAAUGUUGGCAGAAGAGCUUAUUAUACCAACUCCUGACGUUAAGGAGCAUAAAAUUCAGGAGGAUGACUAUGCUUUAAUUCUAUGUUCCGACGGAAUCACCGAUGCGUUGGACGAAAAUGAUAUUUUUCAACUUUUAAAGAACCAUGCGAAGUCGAACUUAGGUAAGUCUUUUAAAGCUUCAAAGAUUACUUUUAAAUGUAUGAAAAUUGAAAAGUGACAUUUCAAUUUAAAAAGUCUUUAUUUAUAUUUAUAAUUUUUCACCGUUUAGGUUACGAUCAAGUGGCAGACCUAAUCAGAAGACAAGCUGAAGAGAACAGCAGCGAUAAUAUUACAAUAUUGGUCAUCUUCCUCAAGCCAUACGCCGAAUUUGUUCAAGCUUUUGGCCAAGAUUAA